CGUCGGUAUUUCCCACGGCCCCUGAACGCACCAGCCUGCACCUCCAUCUGUUCCGUCUGUUCUCUCUCCGGAUCCGCGGAUCAGCUGAUCAAUAACCGGUCAUGGCGCUGCGCAGGUUCUUCGUGGGGGGAAACUGGAAGAUGAACGGGAACAAGGAGAGUCUGGAGGAGCUGAUCACCACCCUGAACACCGCCAGUCUGCACGAAGACACCGAAGUGGUGUGUGGCGCUCCCUCCAUCUACCUGGACUUUGCUCGGUCCAGCUUGGACCCCAGGAUCAGCGUCGCAGCCCAGAACUGCUACAAGGUGGCCAAAGGGGCGUUCACGGGAGAAAUCAGCCCAGCCAUGAUAAAGGACUGUGGGGUUGACUGGGUGAUCCUCGGCCACUCGGAGCGACGGCACGUGUUCGGGGAAAGUGACGAGCUGAUUGGUCAGAAGGUGGCUCACGCGCUGGAGAGCGACCUGGGCGUGAUCGCCUGCGUGGGCGAGAAGCUGGAGGAGCGGGAGGCCGGCACCACAGAGGAGGUGGUCUACGCUCAGACUCAGGUCAUUGCAGAGAACGUGAAGGACUGGGGGAGAGUGGUGCUGGCGUACGAGCCGGUGUGGGCCAUCGGCACGGGCAAGACUGCAACACCUGAGCAGGCUCAGGAGGUCCAUGAGCAGCUGAGGGUGUGGCUCAGAGCAAACGUCUCAGACGAUGUGGCUGACUCUGUCCGCAUCAUUUAUGGAGGUUCAGUCACAGGAGCAAACUGCCGGGAGCUGGCGUCUCAGGGAGACGUGGACGGCUUCCUGGUGGGAGGAGCAUCUUUGAAACCAGAGUUUGUUGACAUCAUUAACGCACGCGUGUAGCAGCGAUAACUGUUGCAUCACGACCGAUUGAAAAACACCCCGCCCUUUAGAUUUGGACCCCCCUGUGUGUCUGCAGACUGAGCCGACUGAUUCAGUUCUGUUAAUUAACUGUCUAAAAAUAAGUAAAUAGCAGUACUUUUUUUGGUUAAGUCUUAUUUUGCAAAAGGAAUUAAGAAGUGAAUUUAUCCAGUUCACAUUAACACCUGCUGCUAGCUUGUUAACAAUCCGUCAGGCCUGAUUGUUUUGUGUAUUUACUCACUGAAUGACAUCACAAAUGUCCGUCUAACGUCCAGCUCACCUACGUGUAACUUCACUAAGUGUUUGUACAAAGUCUGGAACGAGUAAAGUUUCAGACAAAACUUACUUGAAUAGAAAUCACAAAGAGAAACUAUAAGUUCGGAGGAGUCCGAUUGAAAACAUGUAGCCGAACACUGGUUGAGGUUCAGACCGGCGACACAAUCAAACCGAAUGAUAAACCAAAUAAAAAGGUAGAAAAAUGUUGUGUUUCACUGUGACUUUAUUUAUUUUGUGGGCCAUAAGCGUGA